AAGGAAAAGGCGCCAGGAGAAGCGGAGGAGCCCAGCUCCAUUGAUUUCCGUCGCUUGGCGGCUUCGCCAUGGAUUCGCUCUCCCGAGCCUCGGCCGACGGAAGCGCUGGCCUGGCUCCCGCGCUGGCCGCGGAGCAGUCAGACGCGAGGCUUUGGCCUGUGGGUUGGCCGCCGCAGCCUUCGGACUCGGGAUGGGAAAGACUGCGGGAGGUCUUCCGCCGAGAUGAACAAAAUCAAUAUUCAGAAGAAAUUGUUAAUAUCAUCAAAGCAACAUUUUCAGGCGGUAUUAUUGGCUUGGUCUAUGGAGGUGUACCUGGUUUUAUAUAUGCCAAGAAACGGUACAUUGAACAAAGUGAAGGAGAGAUUUACCACAAUCGUCUGGAUGCUGCGCAAUCUGCACAUCGUGCAGCAGCCAGAGGUUUCAUCCGUUAUGGCUGGCGUUGGAGCUGGAGAGUUGCUGCCUUUGUAGCAAUAUUCAACACAGUGAGCGUUGGUCUGUCUGUGUACCGUGAUAAAAAUGCCCUCAGUCACUUUGCCAUUGCAGGAGCUUGCACAGGAGGCUUGUUCAGAAUGCACUUGGGCUUGAGAGGUUUGGCUGGAGGCAGCAUUUUUGGAAUGUUGUUGGGUUUACCUGCAGGAGCAUUACUGAUGUCAAUGCAAAAUCUUGCUGGCGAAACCUUGAUUGAGAGAAGAAAACGGGAGAGAAGGGAGCUAUAUGAACAGAAGCUGGCAGAGUGGAAUACCCGUCUCAUCAUCACUGAGAACAUCUCAAAAGAAACAGACGAUAUACUUCAGGAAGGAGCUUCCCCCAGAUCAUGAGUGGAAAUCAGCUGUCUUUGUAUUGUUACUCUUAACAAGUUUUCCUUAUGCCCUUACUACUCAGGACACAAACUCUCAAGAAAAGCACCUAGAUUCGGUCAGGUAAUAUCAGAGAAUGAAAAGAUCAACUUCAAAUGAAUUAAAGCUGCUUCUUUAAUUGGAGAGGAAUAAACCUGAAUACUUCUCUGGUUAUAUUAAGUUCAGAAUUCCCUUUUGAUGGGAUAUCCUGCCUGUGAUAACAUAGGAAUAUUAAAGAUGUCUUCAGGGAUGAGUUGGUAGGCUGAACAGUGGAGUGAACUCUAAAAUAAUAAAGGACUUCAAAAACAA